CCAGAGAACGUAGCCUAAUGGCGCUUUGCUCAGACACCCCCUAUGUGUGUGAGAUGUAACUGCGUCUGAAGGCUGUGAGAGAUAAGUGGAAAGUCCCUAACACUGGAAAUCCCCUUUGUCUGCCUGGGCUUUUCCGCAAUCUACAUGAACUACAUUAAGUUGGAGGACGUGAUCUGUGCUUUGACAGCCUAUAGAGUAAACAUACCAACAUAUAAUUGUUUGUGAAGAAGGCUGAAUGGCGCUGUUUGGACUGCCGCGGUUACCCUGAUAGAAGUGGCAGAGGACUACCAGGAGCAUCCUUAGGGCUUUGUUGGUGGUCUUAGUGUACAGUUCUGCAUUGGUACACGUUACAUCUGGUGAACACCAUGUCCCAGGGACAGAAUUUCCUGCCCAAGUUCCUCUUUGUGAGUAACCUGCUGAAAGCGGUCAAGAUCCGGGAGCGGGUGCCCAACGAUGUAGUGAAGCCGGCGGGCAGUGAAAGCCUGAUGCACCACCUGCGGGGCAUGCACCGGUACACACUGGAGAUGAUCAGCAUGAGCCAGUUCCCUCAGGCCUUCCAACAGGUCAUUCAGGCAGCCAUCUUGGACAGGGCCAUGCAGAGCUCCCUAGAGCAGGAGAAGAAGCUCAACUGGUGCCGCGAGGUCAAGAAAAUGGUACCACUGAGGACCAAUGGAGAUGGGAACUGUCUUCUCCAUGCUGCCUCUCAGUACAUGCUGGGGGUGCAGGACACAGACCUGGUCCUGAGGAAGGCCCUGCACAGUGUGCUCAAGGAGACCGAAACAGGCAUCUUUAGAGCCCGUUUCCAGACAGAGCUACUGCAGUCUCAGGAGUUCACCCAGACUGGCCUGCGUUACAGCACCAUGAAUUGGGAGGAGGAAUGGGAGAAGAUCAUCAAGAUGGCUUCGCCUGUGUCCAGCAGCAACGGGCUGCAUUUUGACUCCCUGGAGGACAUGCACAUCUUUAUCCUCUCCAACAUCCUCCGCAGGCCCAUCAUCGUCAUCGCAGACCAGGUGCUGCGCAGCAUGAGGUCCUGCUCCUCCUUCUCUCCCCUCAAUGUGGGGGGCAUCUACCUGCCUUUGCACUGGCCUCCAAGGGAGUGCUACAAGUACCCCAUAGUGCUYGGCUACGACUCCCAGCACUUUGCCCCCCUCAUCACCAUCAAAGACAGUGGCCCAGAGAUCCGAGCAGUGCCGCUGAUCAACCCGGGUCAUGGGGGCUUCGAGGAGCUCAACGUGCACUUCUUGAUGGAGAAGGAGCAGACGCAGAAGGAGAGGCUUCUGAAGGACUACCUAAUGCUGAUGGAGAUCCCUGUCAUUGGACUGGGCUACGAUACCACACGCAUCAUCAAUGCUGCCAGGCUGGAUGAAGGGAACCUGCCUGAGGACAUGAACCUGAUGGAGGACUACCUCCAGUUGGUCAACCACGAGUACAAGCGCUGGCAGGAGGACAAGGACCAACUGUGUGCCGCCCCCCACCCCCAUAGACCACCCCCCUUCUCCGUGUCUCAGCUGUCCCUCAUCGAGAUCCGAUGUGCCACACCACGGUGCACCUUCUACGUCUCCGUGGACACCCAGCCACACUGCCACGAGUGCUUUGAGAAACGCCAGGGCCAGCCCAACGGGAGGAUAGAGGCUGCCCCUACGAAAGGCGGUAGUCAGGCUUGUGAGCCGGGGUGUAGUAGUAGAGUACGGCCCAGCCCCCCUGGCUGCCUGGCGGUGUUAUCCAGCCCGCUCUCGGUCGCUCCACCGCACUCAGCGUCCUGCCGUUACAGCGAAACCCAUGCCAUGAAGUGCAAGAUGCCUGGCUGCGUUUUCACCCGCAGCAAGGAGCACAAUGGUCUGUGUGAACGCUGCUUUAACAGCCGGCAGAAUGCACCAGGGAGGUGCGGCAUGUGCCACCAGGAGGCCUUCAGGAUAUUUAACGGACUGUGCCCCCCGUGCUUCCAGAGUACUGGCACAGAGCGGGGCGAGGAGCCCCAGCCGCCGGCAGCAGUGUCCUCUUCUGGGUCGUUAUGGACCCAGCCCCCGCCCAGGGAAUCUGAGUGCUCGGGCCGGCCCUGUAAGAGGUCAGGAUGCCAGUUCUUUGGGACUCAACAGAAGUGUGGAUUCUGCACCAUCUGCUAUAUGGAUUAUCAGACCAACCACCUAGCGACUCUUCCACCUCCUGCUUCAAUCCAGACUCGCCACGCGUCGGAGGCAGGCUUCCAGAAUGCUUCGCGCUGUCAGGGCCCGGGGUGUGGGGCCAUGGGCAAGGCCAUGCUGGAGGGCUACUGUAACAAGUGCUUCUUUAACGAGCAGAGCUCCAGGUUCAACCAGAAUGCUACCAGGGCUCCUGCUGCCCACUCCCCUCCGCUGGUCAUGCGAACUGCUAAACCAGAACAAGACAGACCCAGACAGACCCAGACCCAGUGCAGGUGGAAUGGCUGCAGUAACUUCUCCCCCGGCUGCACAGACCUGUGUCCAGAGUGCCGGGCCACGCGGGGGCAGAGAGAGAGCCGCAGGGAGAGGCCAGGGGCACCUAAGGAGACGAUGAAGCAGAGCUGUAAAGCCCAAGGCUGUGACCACUAUGCCAACAUAGAGAAGCAAGGCUUCUGUAACGAAUGUGACCACUUUAAGCAGGUCUACAUGGGGUGAGCCCAAAGGUUUGGGGAAGAUUAAAAUGGUUGUGCCACCAUGCUAGUCAAUGCAUCUCUGAAACUAGUGACCAUAAGGCCAGAAGCCCGUUUUAACAUGUGCUCAUGAAGAGAAAAGAGCAGGGGCAGUAGAAAUGGCCGGCAGAAUACCUCUUAGUGCAAUUAUUAUUAUCCCAYGUGUACAGGAUGAAUGGUGAGGUAUACGUGUCAGACAACGGACAACGUGUACAGUAUGUAUCAUGCUGGACUACUGAUUGUAUCUUGAAAAAAGCGCAAUACGUAAGCUGCUUAAUAAUACGGCCAAGCAAUUAUCUAUCAAGCAGCUAGUCACCGACACAAUAAUGUGAUAAAUUGCAGCUUUUGUUUAAGAACCUCAUUGACCAAAAUUCUGACAACUGCAAAGUUGUGCCAAAGCCAUCACGACCACUAACAAAAUGAGUUUGGUCAGUAGAAAUGUGGUUUAAACAGGAUUAGGUACAGUCAAAACUGUACCUACCUAGACAGCUAAUGUACAGUAUCUGAGCGAUUGUGAGUGGGCAGGACCCUUAAGUACUGAAUGGUGCUACUUGAACAGAAGUCAAACGUAGAGGUUAUGUUACAUGACAGAGAAAAACAGUAGUUAAAACUCAAUAAUAUUCAACCUCAGUACAUAUGUUGUUGUGUUCUUGUUUUCAACCUCUCCCACUGCCACAUAGAUGUCUACAGGCAGUACAUAUGUUGUUGUGUUC